CCAUCCUACUGUCUCUUCCCACGUACGUCCGGACGUAGUGCAGUGUUGUUGUGGUCUGACGAAAGAAACAAAGGACACCACCAGCAGCAAAACCUCCGAUGAGAGGGACAAAUAGAUUAAAAAAAUUUCCCCAUUCACUCCAUCCCGAUUCACUGAACGUAGGCCAAACCCCCUCCUUCCCUCCCCUUGAGUCCUUUUCUAAGAUGCCCUGCCUCCGGGGCUGUCAUCGCUACCUCCUCCAACCGCCCACCGCUCCGACAUUCCGUCGAACACCAUGCGGUCGUCGUGGUCUUUCGCCCUCUGCGGCGGCUGCGAGGAGGACCCGACAUCCCUGUGGACCCUGGAAAACAUCCUCCAAUGCCAGAAGGUGAGCGACUUCCUCAUCGCCCUUGCCUACUUCUCGAUACCAUUGGAGCUCUUCUACUUCGUCACGUGCUCCGCCAUCUUUCCUUUCCGCUGGCUCAUCCUCCAGUUCGGCGCCUUCAUCGUCCUCUGCGGGCUCAGCCACCUGGUCGCCGCCCUCGCCUAUGCUCCCCACUCCUUCCUCCUCCUCCUCUCCCUCGUCGUCCUCAAGCUCCUCACCGCCCUCGUCUCCCUCGCCACCGCCGUCACCCUCCUCCCCAUCAUCCCCCAGCUCCUCCGCCUCUUCGUGCGCGAUGGCCUCCUUCGCCAGAAGGCCCGCGACCUCGGCCACGACCUCGGCCGCAUGCGCCGCCAGGAGGCCGCCAUCUGCCGCGUCCGCUUGCUCACCGCCGAGAUCCGCCGCUCCCUCGACCGCCGCACCAUCCUCGACACCGCCCUUGUCCACCUCGCUGACGCCCUUUCUCUCCACGACUGUGCCAUCUGGAUGCCCACCUCCCCCGAUUCCCUCUCCCUUACCCACCACCUCAACCGCCGUCGUCGUGACCACCAUCACCAAACAGUCUCGAUCCCCACCGCCGACUCCGACGUCGCCGAGAUCAUCACAAGAAAGGCGGUCUUGAUACUCGACCCGAACUCCAAUCUGGUCCAAGCCACUGAGUCGGAGCCCGUCGGCCCAGUGGCAGCGAUCCGGAUGCCGCUGCUCCGAGUGUCCAAGUUCAACGAGGGCAUGCCGGAGCUCGUGGAGGAGUCGUAUGCCAUUCUCGUCCUUGUGCUUCCCACCGGUGGGGACAGGGUCUGGACGACCGACGAGGUCGACAUCGUGGAGGUGGUCGCCGACCAGGUGGCCGUCGCCCUCUCCCAUGCCGCCGUCCUGGAGGAGUCCCUGCUGAUGAGGGAAAAGCUCAUGGAGCAGAACAUGGCUCUCGACCGAGCCCACCGCGAAGCUCUGAUGGCGAAAGAGGCCCGGAAGUCACUUCAGAGCGUGAUGACUCGAGAGAUCGUCGGGCCCAUCCGUUUGAUGGUGGCGCUCUUGUCACCAUUGCAGCUGGAGAAUUUGAACACCGAGCAGCUUGCCAUGGUGAAAGCGGGGCUCGCCCUGUCCUCCCUCAUCAAGGAAGCUGCUGAUGUCACUACGUUCGACAAGGGUGCAGUGGAGCUGACAUUCCGGCCUUUUCACAUUCCGUCUGUGGUAGAGAAGAUUGUGAGCGUGUCGAGGUUUUUAUGUGCUUGCCGAGGUGUAUCCUUCGAAUUCCAUGUCUCCGGAGGUAUUCCUGGACCAGUGCUCGGGGAUGAGAGGCGCAUACUUCUGGUUUUGUUAUAUAUGAUUGAGAAUAUUUUGGGCACUGGUGAUCAGGGGGCCGUUUCUCUCCAAGUGUGUAUAGAGGAUGCUACCGAUGAUGGAAGCUCGGAUAGUAAGUACGUAGUUGGGAAGCAGAAUGUGGGUCAGGGGAUGGUUACCUUAAAGUUCGAAGUUUGCAGAACCAGUUUUGGAAAGGAAGAUAAGAUCUCUGAUUUGAAAGAAUCCAAAGAUGCUGUUGGUGAUCGCGAGAUUAGUUUUUCCUUCUGCAGGAAGCUGGCUGAGCUUAUGCACUGGAGGAUUUCAGUUUCCAGCACAGCAGCAAGUCUGCAGAAAAAUAUGAAAUUGCUUAUCAGAUUACAACAUCUGCAGUCAGGGAAAGGAUUUGUUUGGCCAAGAUAUAUGGAUAUUGAGGCUACCAGUUGCCCAUUCAAAGGAAUGAAGAUUCUCCUUGUGGACAAUGAUUGUUAUAAUGUAUAUCUUACCAAAAAGCUUCUUGGAAGAUUUGGCUGUCAUUUAUCCAUCGUGUCUUCUAGGUCCCACUGCUUGGAGAUGCUGUAUUUAAAGAGAAACCAGUUCCACCUGCUACUUAUUGACCUGCAAAUUUUUGAAGAAGACAGACAUGAACUUUCUGCUCACAUCAAGAACAUAUGCACAGAAAACAGGCCACUGAUCGUUGCACUCACUCCUGAUACUCAUAAGAAUACCAGGGAGCAAUGCCUUCAGGAUGGAAUGCAUGGUGUUAUGUGUAAACCAGUUAUAUUGCAAGAGAUGGUAGACGAAUUGCAGAGGAUCACCCAAGGAACACAAUCUUCACUUCCUUUAUGAUGACCAAGAAAACAAAUAUCACCCAAGCAAUGGAGAGUUCUCUUCUGCCUCUAUGUACUCCUUUCUCAUUCACAAUGGGACCAAAUGGCCUCUGACACAUGUAAUCUGGAAUAUCAAAGGCUCGUCAAAAGUCAAGGGCAUCUUGUGGCUUGAGAGAGCUUCCCAGAGAUUGGCAAUUGUGUUCUUUGCGAUGGUGGCCCAGAACUGGUUGAUCAUCUCCUUAUCUCUCAACCCCUCUCAGUUUUGGUUUUUCGUCUGUGAUGUUACAGGCACUCCUCCACCACCUGAUAGCUUGUUGCAUAUGUACUCAUCUUGGCUGAGGGAGUCCUUCCUUUCUUGCAACUAUCUAUUUUGAUGCUGCUUGUGGUUUUUAAUUGGAGCUGUGGGACUGAGAGGAAUGCCUGCAUUUUUCUCCACAAGAACUCUUCUCUGUUGGCCAUUAUGAAGAAGGCAAAUAAGCUUUUCUAUGACUGGUCUAUCUUCUGCUCUGAUAAAGAACUCAUGGGCUUCUCCUUCCUUGCAGGAAAAUUGAGAAAUCAUCAACUUCAGGUUAUAGCCUAUGAUUAAACUCUUUCCUGUUCAUUUUGGGUCUUUCAUACCUCUGUUCCAGGCCGUUUUGCCUUUUAAAUGGCCAGUCUUUCUCAGGUUGUUUUGGUUCGACUUUGUCACUUCCUCUCUAUAUCUCUGUAACCCAUCAUCUUCCCUUCUGUAAUUCUUUUUUCUAAUAAAGACUGGUGGUCUAUGAGCUCCAUUUUCCUUCAAAAAAAAUGUUCUCUUGAUUUGUGCAGAAUUCUGCCCCGUUAAUUGUAACAAUGUGAAAGUUGGUGAGGCUGCUUGAACUUGAUCAAAGUUCCAGAAUUUGGUAAGAUCUGGGAGAUUCAAUCAGCAACGAUGAUGCAAAUUAAAACUUACAUUCGUUUCAAUGAUAUUCACUUUGUUGAGGGGUAUUCUGAUUUCCUUUGAGUACUUGGACAAAUAAACUGAGUUCCCAUUCAGAACUGUGCAGCUAUAGCUAUGUUGCCAUCGCAUUAACAACUAUUCUGAUAUGAACUGUAGAGAACCCAGUAUGGAUGUGUCUGAAAUUGCUCUUUUCCUCAUGUUUGCAGUGCGAAAUGAUGGCUUCUAGUGAUCAUUUGUCAAAAGGUAAUUAUUACAGAUCCUGUUCAUGGUUCUUUUCCCCUUGCUUCUCAAAAGCAGUAGAGAAGCGAGUCACCAAAUGCAAGAAAAGAAGACUUGACGAUGGUUGCCAUCCUACGUAGAGAUGAGGUUUAUGUGAUUGACUUGAGAUGUUCAUACCAGGCUGGCUACACAUGGAAGGAAAAUUUCACAAAUGGUUGCGACUUUAUCAAGGUACAUUUUCAAAAGUUAAAAGGAGUAUCUAGUGAAUGGUUGUGAUAUGAUGUACUCUUCUCACAGGCUAGCACAUGCAUCCAAAGCCUGUCAUGUAUGGAACAGCAUAUUAAUUGAGAUGUCUUGGUCCAACAUUUCCAAUCAAUCUUAGUUCAUAAUUCAUACUGCCUCUUAA